UCGUACGGCGCGGCACUAUUACAUGAACCAUGGCGUUUUACCUCCACACAAAUUCAUGUUUUCACCGAAUGCAAUGGAACACUGGACGCAGAGCUGAUUAUGAGUGACAUUUGCGUGAAAGCGAAUUUAAGCCGAGCGGCUCGAUCUGUACCUGUAGGUUUACAUCUGAGUUCCUCAAGUUGAUGGUGUGGGCUUGCCUCUCCGAAAGCAAGGGAGCAUAUCCACGCUCAGCCUCGGUGUAAUUAUGAUUGAUAGCGUACAGAUGGUACACUGUUUGCACGCACACCUUUUUCGCGAUAGUUAAUUUUGCGACGUCAUUUGACGUUAAAAUUUGCAGGGGGAAAAAACUUCUCGGACCGUGGAUUUAUGCCGAAACAAGUGUAGACAUUCCCAGCACGUCCACAUGCCGGGCGCAGUAAUCAACAUAUCUCUGUGAUUUCGGUGUUACCGGCUCUCUCCACUCAGACGGGUGUAUUCUGUAUGUGUGCAGCGGACGGGACUCUCCGGUUCUUCCUGGAUCGCGCUCCGCUCAGUCUCCACAUGCCUCCCUCUCCUCUCGACGACAGAAUCGUGGUGGCGCUGAGGCCGAUCCGACCGCAGGACCUGAAGCUCCGCCUGGACCGCCCCGGCAGCGGCUGCCUGGACUCCGUCUCCCCGGGCGACGGACCGCUGGUGAGCGCGACGGUGCUGGAGAUUGGCGCGGCCACGCUGAGUUAUAUGCCCUCGUCCAGCGGCUCCUCCCGCUCGUUGUCCUGUGGCUGCAGCAGUGUGAGCUGCUGCUCCGUCAGCACGUACGCCAAGGACCCGGCCCCCCCCAGCGCCGCCCCGCGGGUCAGCCUGAGCUCCCCGAACCUGAGCUCCGCCCUGCCCCCCGCGGCCCCCAGCGCCGAGCAUGAGGCCCUGACUCCGCCCGUCACGCCCCCCGCCCCGCGGCCCCCCGCGCCGCGGCCCCCCUCCCCGGUGCGCCUCAUUCACCCGGCCGAGCUGGCACGCAGGAUGACCCGCCCCGCCAAGCCCGGCCCCGCCCCCGCCCCCCCGGCGGCCGCCCCGCCCGUCAUCAUCGACUGCCGGCCCUUCAUGGAGUACAACCGCUGCCACAUCCGCGGGGCGGUGCACGUCAGCUGCUCCGACAAGAUCAGCCGGCGGCGGCUGCAGCAGGGCAAGGUGACGGUGCUGGACCUGCUCUCCGGCCGGCAGGGCCCCGACUCCUUCGCCGGGCUCUUCUCCCGCGACAUCGUGGUGUACGACGACGGCACCGCAGACCCCGGCCGCGCCACGCCCACCCAGCCGCUGCAGGUCGUGCUGGAGUCCCUGCACCGCGAGGGGAAGGACCCCAUCGUGCUCAAAGGAGGUCUGAGCAGCUUCCGGCUGAACCACGAGGGCCUGUGCGACAACUCGCUGCACCUGCAGGAGGGGCUGGACGUGGGCGGGGCGGCGGGGCUGUCGGGGGCCGGGGGGGUGGCCCUGUCCCUGCCCUCCACCCCGGACGUGGAGAACGCCGAGCUCACGCCCAUCCUGCCGCUGCUGUUCCUGGGGAACGAGCGCGACGCACAGGACCUGGAGCUCCUGCAGCGCCUCAACAUCGGGUUCGUCCUGAACGUCACCACGCACCUGCCGCUCUUCCACUACGACUGCGGCCUGCUGAGCUACAAGCGCCUGCCGGCCACCGACAGCAACAAGCAGAACCUGCGCCAGUACUUCGAGGAGGCCUUCGAGUUCAUCGAGGAAGCUCACCGGGCAGGGCAGGGCCUCCUCAUACACUGCCAGGCCGGGGUCUCGCGUUCGGCCACCAUCGUCAUCGCCUACCUGAUGAAGCACACCUGGAUGACCAUGACCGACGCGUACAAGUUUGUGAAGACCAGGAGACCCAUCAUCUCGCCCAACCUCAACUUCAUGGGCCAGCUGCUGGAGUUCGAGGAGGACCUCAACAACGGCAUCACCCCCCGGAUCCUCAUCCCCAAGCUCAUGGGCGUGGAGACCAUCGUCUGAGGAAGAGGAGGAGGAGGUGAUGAAGGAGCUGCAGAUUUGGCCUCCCUGCUGGGACAGGUCGGCCCCUGAGAUGGAGUGUUGCAUCGUGGGGCCUGUUCCGCCCCCCCGGUGCGUUUUUUUGGGACACGAGGGGCGUGUUGUCACGUGAAUUCACACGCGUGUGCGUGUGCGUGUGCCAGUGACGGCGAUCUGGGGGAUCUGGAGUUUUUCGGACCAUGCUGUUCUUCCCAGUUUGUCUUUUUUUGGGGGCGCGGGCGAGCUGGGUGGAGUGGAGAGGGGGAGAGAGCCUUCUACUCAGAGAUCUUCUCCUGGGAUAUAGUUUGCACUGAAUUUAGUACGAUGCGUGAUUUUUAUGGUGGCAGGCUGUUCUGUACAGGCCUGUAGAAGGAGUGAACACAUGAACACAGAUGUGAGAGAGAGAAAAACCCAGUGAACAAACAGACAGACGGACAGAAGAACUGAGUGUUUCCUGUUCUGCGGUGGAGCAGUUGUCUCCUGGCCUGGCCUGGCGUUGGCCUGGGCGUGCUGAGGAGGGCUAACAUACACCAACCUGCCUGUGAAUAAAGGACUGAAGAUUCAGUUUGGUCUGUUUCUGUCCCUGUUACUCUUCCUCUUCCUGUUUCUCUUUUACUUCCUGUUUCUGUUCCCGUUCCUCUUCCUGUUUCUCCUCUACUUCCUGUUACUCUCCCUCUCCCUCUUCCUUUUUGUUUCUCUUCCUGUUCUGUUUUUAUGUUGUUUUUAUAUUGUUUUGGACUUGUU